UGGGUCGAGGAUCAGUACUUCCCGCACAAGGGCGACUCGUCACGAGCCUGGCGCGUCUACGCCGUCUGCGACAUCGGAAGUCAGGCGGCCGUCGAAAACUGGCUGCGUAUGCCCUACAUAGAACGUGGCGCCGCCGAGCGGCUAUACAUAGAAGUAAAGUUCUCGAUGCGGGACUGCAAGCAUUUCCCUGCGAUCGUGAGAUCGUGUAAGGAAACCUUCAGCCUCCUCUACUACGAGUCGGAGUUUGAUUUCUCGAGCACGGAGAUGCCGACGUGGAACACUAAGACGUACCGCAUGAUAGACCGCAUCGCAGCCGACAAGGGUCGCUUCAGUGACAACAACGAGAUCGUCGUUAACGUCGAGCAGACGAGCGUGCGUGUCGGUAAGAAGGGAGUGUUUAUCGCCUUCCAGGACGAGGGCGCCUGUCUCUCGCUGCUCGCUAUCCGCGUCUACUACAAGGCUUGCCCGCUUAACGUCAGUAACUACGCCGUGUUCCCGCAGACGCCGACCGGCGAGGAAGUGUCGUCGGUGAAGCAAGCCGACGGCACGUGCGUCGACAACUCGGUGCAGAUGCAGCGGCCGACGUAUCUGUGCACGGGCUCCGGUAGGUGGAGCCUGCUGCAGGGAGGUUGCGAGUGUCUGCCCGGGUACCAGGCCGUGGAAAGACUACAGAGCUGCGAAGGACUUUUCCACCGUCUGCGAUGGGGAGCAGGAGUGAAACCACUGGGACCGUGCCGCCAGGAGCACGAGCGCAAGCCCAGACACAGAGACCGACACAGAAAGGAGGACACGGAGCGCAUAACAAGAGUGGAGAAAUAG